CACGAGAGAAGCGAGAGCGAUCAGCGUGGGCUGCUUGCUUUUACAAGAUUUGUACAUUUCUUAAUUUGAUUUAGUUGUAUUUAAUACUCAAAAGACAUGUUUAGUCUAUCUGGAUUUUUAUUUGGACACGAGAUCACCACCAAACAAGAGAAGUGGGAUGCAGGAAUUCCACCAAGGAGUUUUUCCUUGUGAGGAACUCAAGGGCAAGUCUUAGUUGGCAUCCCCCGGAUUGGAUAAAAGUGAUCGAACAAGGAAGAGGUGGACCAAAGGCCUCAUCUGCCUGCGUGAAACAAAAAAGUUUAAGCGAAUCUGGCAGUUCAGAGGUGGCAGAUGGUGGGUCGAGGUCACGUCAGGGUGGAUGGCCCUUCACUGUGACAGCUUUGCAAGGGGAUCCUGACUCAAAACCGGAACAGCACACACAUCCUCUAUCUGCUGAGCAUCUUCAGCACCACGGAGAGCUCCAUCGCCAGUCCCAGUUCGACCCCGGAACAAAAACACAUUUUCAUGCAGACUGUAUGAAUUGAUCAUGUGACGCGCGCUAUCCGAGGCGUGCGCGCGCGUGCAUCGUCCCCCACGCGUGCGCGUCGCUCGCUCGUCGCCCAGAAUCUUCUGCGCUGCUGCGGGGGCUCCACUUCUUCCACGCGGACGAGAGGCUCGUCAGAACGCCAUCUUUGCUAGGUCACUUUAUUAGGCACACCAGCACAACUGUUUCCUAAAAAUGACGCCAGGGCAGAGAUGCUGUGGACUGAUCCCCAAAGGUUCAAGUAUUGUGGAGUGGUCCGAAAGAUGAUAGCGGGCACGUACAGCUACGAGAGGCCUCUGGUCAUCCGCGUCUCCUUCACCGCUUGUGCCCUGGGCACCGUCAGCCUGCCGCUUUUGGCCCUCGUAAUCUGUGUCCUCAUCUCCUCCGUCUUUCACUUUGAGGACUCCACCAGCACACACUGCAAGGUUCCCAACUACCUUCCGUCCAUCAGUGCCUCCAUCAGCCUGAGCCCCGAGCGCCACAUCUGGCGCUUCUGCGUGGGCCUGCACUCCGCGCCCAGGCUCCUGGUGGCCUUCACCUACUUCAAGUUCUACAAGGUGCGCUUUGACGCCCGGCUGCCCGAGCGCUCGCUGGCCUACCUCGGCCUGGCCUUCUCCGUCUCAGAGAACCUCGGCCUGCUGCUGCUCACCUACGUGUCGUCCAGCGAGACCUACUAUGUCCACAAGGAAGGCUUCAUCCUCUUCAUUCUGAGCUCUUUUGUCUACAUGCUCAUAACGUGUCGCCUGUGGAAGGCCGUCAAGAGGACUUCGUUAAUUCCCGAGGAUGCAAAAUCCCAUCACUGGAAAGUCCGCUUCUUAGUCCUCAAAUUGUGUUUCUGCGGUUUCGCCGGAUUUUUUUACGUCAAACACAACUUGUACUGUGAGUCGGGGAGUUACACAUUGUUUGCCCUGUUUGAGUAUCUGGUCGUGUUCUCCAACAUGGCCUUCCACCUGACGGCGGCAUGGGACUUUAGGAGCCGCGAGGUGAUGGUCAUUUCCUCCUCUGAGGACAAGAACUUUUAACUGGAGACCCCUCCCACCUCACAAGGACUCAGCGAGACCGACGCAGCCAGGUCACGGAGGAAGAACGCCACCAUUGCAGCCUUUCCCCCCCACAUGUGAAGAAUUGACGUAGAGAAGAUGGACAAAGGAUGAACGCCGACCUACCGGUGUGCUCAAAGGUUCUCCGUCCUGCCUAACUAUUGAUGUGCCGCUGCUUGUUUUGUUUACUCGUGCAGAGUCUCACGGUGACGUGUAAGUACAAUGUCAAAGUUGAUUACAAGUGUGCCAAAGUGUUGCAAUCGAGUCAAAAAAGUGAACCCCCCCCCAAAAAAAAAAAACAUCAAUAAAAAUGUACUGCA